CCAUUGUGUUCGUAUUUUCUCAUCUUCAUGUUCGUCCUCUCAGCCUUUUUGGCUUUGUCAAGUGCAGAGGAAAUGUAUAUCAAAAGAUGUGUUGUGGAGGUGAAACUAAGCAAGCCAUGCACUUAUCAUGAAUGCCAACCACUUUGUUUGAUGAGGUACAAAGGGAAUGGUGUUUGUCCUGGCAAAAACAACAUUUGCGCUUGUGUUUUCUACUGCUAA